AGAGCUAAGGUGUAACUGUGCCUGGGUCACCUUUCUUUCAGCUUCUGCAAUGCCUACUCUCCUCCAGGCAUCCUUGGGCCUCUUCCUCUCCCUCUCCCUCCUGAAUUCCAGCUCUGCCUCUGAAGAUGACACCGUGGUGGUGACCAGCAGUGGCCCUAUCAAAGGCAAGCGAGUCCCGGUUGGCUCGGCCUCCGUCACUUCCUACCUCGGUAUCCCUUAUGCUGAACCCCCCCUGGGGAAGCUGCGCUUCCAAAAGCCCCUCCCCCACCAGCCAUGGAGCCAUGUCUUGGAGGUCACCGACUUUGGAAAGGCUUGCUUCCAGACGACCGAUUUUCAAUGGCCUUUCAACAAAAUGUGGGUUGCCAACGCGCCACAUUCAGAGGACUGUCUCUUUCUCAAUGUCUGGGUGCCUCACCCGCGGCCUUCUGCACCGGUUCCUGUCCUUGUCUGGAUCCACGGCGGGGGAUUUCUGGUUGGUGCCAGUUCCUUAGACUUGUACAACGGAGCACUUCUGGCUGCUACUGAGAACGUCAUUGUGGUUUCCAUUAAUUAUCGGUUGGCAUUCUUCGGCUUUCUGUUCCUCCCACCUGAGGUCCCAGGAAACAUGGGGUUGUGGGACCAACAGCUAGCUCUGAAGUGGGUGAAGGAGAACGCAGCUGUCUUUGGUGGGGACCCUCUUCAGCUGACCCUCUUUGGCCACAGUGCGGGAGCAGCCUCUGUGGGGUUUCACCUCCUCUCACCUGCAAGCCAACCCCUUUUUGCCCGAGCUGUGGUGCAGAGUGGAGCUCCCAAUGCACCCUGGGCUUGGAAGGAUCCUGAGCAUUGCAAGUUGCGUUCCUUGCAAGCGAGUCAGCGGCUGGGCUGCGACGAUCGGAAUCACAGUGUGGCGCUGCGCUGCCUACAGGAGAAAGAAAUGGAUAGGGGAAUGUUCCAACUUUUGAUGCAUCGCUUCUACCCCACCACAGAUGGGGACUUCCUUCUGGAUGAGCCAAGGAAACUUCUGCAGAGUGGGCUCCUUCAGGCAAAACCACUGCUCAUAGGCAUCACCAGGGAGGAUGGGUCUGUCUUUGCACUAAGCGGUCUUUCGGAUCACAUAGAAGAUGACAGAACGUCAACUUGGGAGCAGCUCUUGAAGGAAACAAUGACAUUGUUCGAAAUGUCUUUGGAAGAAGAUGUUGCCAAGACUGUAGCGCUGAAGUAUGCUGAAGAUGGCCAUGGGCCAGAAAAGUACCAUGGGGCCAUGGUCCAACUGUGCAGAGAUUAUUACUUUUUGUGCCCAUUGGCUGAAGCUGCUGAAAAGAUGGCAGCAGGUGGGAGCCCUGUCUACACCUACUCCUUCAACCACCACAUCUCUGGCUCCAUUUGGCAGGAGUGGAUGGGAGCAGCCCAUGGAGUUGAGGUGCCUUACCUGUUUGGAACUCUGUUGUCGCUACAGAGGGCAAACCAAACGAACACGGAAGCUGACGCCCCUUUGAGCCUCAAGAUGAUGCACUAUUGGGCGGAGUUUGCUAGAAGCGGGAACCCCACUGGGUCCGUGCCCAAUGAGGUGCAAUGGCCGCUCUAUAAUGCCACAGAGGAGAACUUCUUCCACAUCAGCGCAGGGCCACCUGAGAUCAAGAAGCCGUCUCCUGCCCACCACUGUGAUUUCCUGGCAGCCCAUAUAUUCAACUCAACACUCUCAAAAAAAGUCCAAGAAGACUCUUCUGAAUCCAUUUUGGAGGAAGAUACGAAGAAUGAGACCAGAACUUAAC